UCUGUGGUAGUAUUGCCCACGUCACAUCCGGUACACAGUUCCGCUUCUAUCAUGGAGCCUGCUACGCAGACUGGAGAUUUGGGGGCUGAUAAGCCAAAAGAGAUGACACUCGCUCAGAAAAAGGAAGAUAGAAUGCAGAGGUUCCGUGAACUGCAUUUGAAAAGGAACGAAGCUCGGAAGCUCAAUCACCAGGAGUUGGUGGAGGAAGACAAGAGACUGAAGUUGCCCUCCAACUGGGAGGCCAAGAAAGCUCGCAUGGAGUGGGAGCUACAGGAGGGAGAGAAGAAGAAGGACUGCGUGGCGCGUGGGGAGGACUACGACCGCGUGAAGCUGCUGGAGAUCAGCGCCGAGGACGCCGAGCGCUGGGAGAGGAAGAAGAAGAAGAAGAACCCCGACCCCGGCUUCUCCGGCUACGCCGAGGCACAGCUGCGGCAGUACCACCGGCUCACCAGGCAGAUCCGCCCGGACAUGGAGGAGUACGAGAGGCAGCGGGAGCGGUGCGGUGAGGAUUUCCACCCCACCUCCAACAGUCUGAUCCACGGCACCCACGUCCCCAGCAAGGAGGGCGUCGACCGCAUGGUGGAGGAUGUGGAGAAACAGAUCGAGAAGCGGGCGAAGUACAGCCGGCGGAGGGCCUACAACGACGACGCCGACAUCGACUACAUCAACGAGCGCAACGCCAAGUUCAACAAGAAGGCCGAGCGCUUCUACGGGAAGUACACGGCCGAGAUCAAGCAGAACCUGGAGAGGGGCACGGCCGUCUGAUUGGGCACCCGCCCCCUGCUGCCCCCCUCCCUCGGGGAAUUGCCCCCACCCCCCCCCUCAGAGAACUG